UGUCACUGAAGGAGAGAGUGGGCGGAGCGAUAACGUGCGGGGCGAGGCUGUGGGUACCUCUGCUUGUGCUUCCCGCCCCCGCCUCUCUCCCUCUCUGCCUCACUCCCUCGUCUGCUGUCUUGGUGCAAGGUUGCGUCCUCAGCAUAUAUCCCCAGUGAUGGUGUGGCUGGAGGUGGUAGCGGUGGUGGUGGUGGUGGUGGGCGCGGUGUGGGCCUACAGCAAGCACAAGUUCAGGUAUUGGGAGGCCCGCGGCGUGCCCUCAGCCCCCUCACCUGUCCCUCUGAUCGGCCACAUGCACUAUAUCAUUGACACCAAGAAACACGCAUGGACCUACAUGGAUGAGCUGUACCGGAAGCACGGCGCCGACAAAAUGAUGGGCAUGUACGACCUUCUCUCACCUCGCCUGGUUGUGGGUGACCCCGAGCUGCUGAAGGGCGUGCUGGUGAGGGACUUCGACCACUUCGUUGACCGCCGCACCGUCAAAUUCACCACAGAACAAGACGAGAUCUACAACGAGAUCCUGACCAUUACCACAGGCGACCACUGGAAGGGGGUCAGGUCCGUUCUGUCGCCCUCCUUCACCUCAGGGCGGCUCAAGAACAUGUUCCCGCUGGUUGAGGAGAAAGCCGACGCGUUGGUCUCUUACAUACACCGCCAGAUCAAAACAGAGCCGUCGGUGAAGAUCAAACAGACCUUCGGACUGUACACUCUGGAAGUGAUCUCGUCCUGCGCCUUCGGCAUGGAGACCAACACGCUCUCUGCCGGCAGCUCGGUCUUCAACGAUAAAGUCGAGAAGAUGCUGACCAACUCCGUGUGGGCAAUGAUCAAGUUUAUCGGGUUUGUGGUGUUUCCGUCGCUGUACAGAAUGCUGAAGAUCAACAUGUCCUCUCCAGAAACGCCAUUCUUCCAGCGGGUGGUGGAGGAGACCAUCAGGAAGCGGGAGGAAGGGGCCGCGCGAGGAGACUUCCUGGACAUCAUGAUGGAGGCGCGCCGGGAACAGAAAGACCCCAAUGCCAAGGCGCCCAAAUACACCCUGGAGAACAAGACGGUGGUGGCCAACUCGCUGCUGUUCAUCCUAGCCGGCUACGACACCACCGCCACCACCCUCUCCUUCGUGGUGUUCCACCUGGCCAGGUACAAGACCUACCAGGACCAGGUGAGGCAGGAACUGCUCACCCUCAUCAAGGAGCACGGGACGCUCACCUACCAGGGCGUGAUGGAGGCGCAGAUGCUGGACGCCGUCAUCUCAGAGGCUCUUCGCAUGACGCCACCUGCCCAUGUGACCGAACGUGUGUGUACCAAAGAUUACAGGAUCCCGGACAGUAACGUCACCCUGAAGGAGGGGACCGUGGUGACCGUGCCCAUCUGGUCCCUGCACCAUGACCCGCGGUACUGGGAGCAGCCCGGCAGCUUCAUCCCCGAGCGGUUCCUUCCCGAGAACAAGGACAAGAUAGUCCACGGAACCUACAUGCCCUUCGGACUCGGCCCCAGGAACUGCAUUGGCAUGCGGUUCGCCCUCAUGGAAGUCAAGCUCGCCCUCGCCAAGCUCCUCCUCUCCUUCGAGCUGUCGUGCGUACCUGGCGAAGGUGAGCUCAGGUGUGACCCCGCGCCCGGCCUGAUGAAGCCCUCCCUCGACACCAGACUCAUCUUCACACCUGUGGCCUGACGAGGAGCACAGGUACACCGGGAGGAAGGGAGAGAAAGUGAAAGUGAUGAAGGGAAGGAACGGAUAAAAGGAAAAUGAAGGAGAAAAUGGAGGAGGAGAGGAAAAAGAGAGAAUUCAAGAACAGAUGAUAUUGGACAGGUAUAUGAGUAGGUGUGUGGAGAGGUUAAUUAGGAAAGUAUGUGGAUAGGUUAAUUAGGAAAGUAUGUGGAUAGGUUAAUUAGGAAAGUAUGUGGAUAGGUUAAUUAGGAAAGUAUGUGGAUAGGUUAAUUAGGAAAGUAUGUGGAUAGGUUAAUUAGGAAAGUAUGUGGAUAGGUUAAUUAGAAAGGUAUGUGGAUAGGUUAAUUAGGAAAGUAUGUGGAUAGGUUAAUUAGAAAGGUAUGUGGAUAGGUUAAUUAGGAAAGUAUGUGGAUAGGUUAAUUAGGAAAGUAUGUGGAGAGGUUAAUUAGGAAAGUAUGUGGAGAGGUUAAUUAGGAAAGUAUGUGGAUAGGUUAAUUAGGAAAGUAUGUGGAUAGGUUAAUUAGGAAAGUAUGUGGAUAGGUUAAUUAGGAAAGUAUGUGGAUAGGUGUGUAGGGAGGUGGUGGAUGGAUAGGAGUGUGAGUGUUAGGUGAGGAUGUGAACAUUUGAGUGUGGGAGAGGAUAGAACAAAAUAGGAAGCUAAAGAUGGGUUAACAGACAGACAAACAGACAUAUAUACAGACACAGACAAACACACCGAUUCACAGAUAAACACUGACAGACAAACAGACAGAUAUGCAGACACAAACACACAGAUUCACAGAUAAACACAGACAGACAAACAGACAGAUAUGCAGACACAAACACACAGAUUCACAGAUAAACACAGACAGACAAACAGACAGAUAUACAGACACAAACACACAGAUUCACAGAUAAACACAGACAGACAAACAGACAGAUAUACAGACACAAACACACAGAUUCACAGAUAAA